UUCCUCCGUCGACGCGAGUACUACAAUGAAUUGUGCCACUCUGUACGGGCACGAACUGGCUAGCCAAAUUGACCAGUUGGUGAUUCGAAAAAUUGCAAAUGAGAAGAUUCAGGUUGGAGGAAAUAAAAACUGGCCAAAAGAAAGAACGCUAUUUAUUAUUUACUCAAAGAACAUAGCCACGUAUUCAUAUUUGCACAUUCUUCUAAAAAAGAGUUUGUUGCUAAAUGCAGGUGUUACGUUUGUACUGGUCCGAGUCCACAACGGCUGCAACGAAAAAAGGUUAAUCAAUUUAAUAAAAAAAAUAAAUAGACGAGGAAAGAACACCUGGCUCAUAAUUCUCUCUCCGUUGUCUCGUCACAUAAACAAGUGUUACAUUUCAAGUUUCAUCGGCGAAGAGAAGGAUGUGGAUCGAUCUAACUGUGCACCCAUUUGGAAGUUACUGUUCCGUGGUAGAAGCAGCAGUAGUGGCAGUAGAAGUAGUUGCAGUACAUGUGGGGGGGAUGACCAUAAUGUCGGAUGCAUGACUCUGACCCAGCCGAUCCCACUUGCACAUGCGACUCCGUAUUUGUUUACACAAAGGUACGAAGCCUUCCUGCAGUUCCUUUUUUGCAUUUUCCACCUUCGCAUGAUAAAAAAAGGCGAGCACAUUUGGACGAACGCUCUUGCGAAUGCAUCCAUGCGGAAGGAAAAGGCAGUUGAGGGAGACGCGGAAAAGUUCAGCUACGUUACGGAAGGGGAUUACCCAAGUAGGGAUAACACCCUACGUAGAAACCUUUGCAGCGACGUCAAACAGCGUAGUAAUGUAAGCCCAGUAAUUCACAACUACCUGAGGAGUAGCACCAAAUACAAUCUCCCUUGUUGCGUUCACGCUAUCCUCCUGUUCUUGAAAUAUUACCACAUAUAUGUGAAGGGGAAAAGGGUGUUGAUUCUUAGUAGUAACAUAAGUAUCUUCCUAUCCCUAUUUGCUUUUUUUUUUCAAAGUGAAGUUUCGACGACGGUUUAUGAUCCGCUGAGAGGGGAGGUUCUGUGUAGAUACGAUGGCGGGGACCAAAAGUGCUACCUUCGCACGAGUAACCUAGGCAAGCUACACAUCAGAAACGAAACCGAUUUUAAAAAAAAGUGUGCAGUGUUCUCCAACUCGUAUGUAUCUACCAGUAAGGGGUACACAAAAAUUACCCACCAAGAUUUAUCAACACUAAGGAAGAAUAUGGACAAAAGGAUUGUCAAGCAUUCCGAUGUCAUAAUAAUAGCAAUAGGUUGUCCCCACAUUUUAAAAAAAAAAAAUAUUAAAGAAGGCGCGAUUAUCUUAGACUUGGGAAUCAAUUUGGUCCCCCCCCGAGGUAGGCACAUGCAAAGAAUGGUCGCACCGUUUUGCGGUUCCUCCGUCGGGAACAAGAAAGUGGAAAUGAAAAAGGGAUACCCAAAAGUGAAGGAAGGGAAUUUUCCUUGCAGAAGGGGAUUCUUCCCUCGUGGGAAAUUUAAGAACGGAGCAAGUUCCCCAAAGUUGCAAAAUCGCACAAGUUUAGUAAAACAUAUAUGUUUAAGUUCUCCCCGAAUUGGUAAAACUGCUACAUGUGAGAAUUCCUUUGGUGAGGAAAGCACCGGAGUGAUAAUAGAAGGUACUUCCCCAUCUCAGUCUUCCAACGAUUCUCCGAUUUCUCCGCCCAAUGGAGGGAUAAAGGGGGCCCACAACAAAUGCCAUAAAAUCAUUCCUCUAAAAAGCCGCAAGUCCAAAAUUAAAUUCGCCAAUGGUUUAGCCAAGUGCUUGCAAAAUUACGAAAUUGUUGGUGACGCGGAUGCGAACUGCAAGCAGAAGUGCGCGCUCGUUUCGAGUGUGCCCGGGGGGCUGGGCCCCAUCACCACAUCCAUGCUGUUUUAUAAUUUGUACUUCAACUG